CAUAUAUAUGCCAUUAAGCAAAUCCACAAAAUUCUUCAAUACAACCUCAAUAGUAUACUAAGGUACCACGCGCAUUGAAUAACAAUAGUCAAGACUUGAUAAUCCAUCGUUGGUGAGUGCAGCUGUUAACAUACAACCAUUACGAAAAUAGCACUCUUCAAUAAACUGCAAAUUGCAGGUUUAUAGUACAGAACAAAUUGCUUUUCAACCGGGGCGUAUGUGCAUUGAUGGUGCAUAUAUUGGCAGCCAGUUGGUUUUGUUGUGGUGUUCUCAUUAUUGCAAGGUGGGAUGUGUGCAGAAACCAGCUCAGGUUAAUUUCGAGUGCAGCUGGCGUCCAUUGUGUUGCAAGCCUGUUUUCCGCUGUGUGUUUCAGCCAGAACAAAGCAGGCUGGCAUGUCCGUGUGCUCAUUUCUCGGCACUUGGGCGCCAUGCCUCUGCUGCUGUCAUUCUCGGCACUGGCGGCGCUUUGUUCAGCGUGUUGGAUAAUUGCGUCAGAUCCUCUGCGAGCAUUCUGGAAGGCGAGCGCAGGGUUGCUCAGUGCCAGGCUGUUCUCAGUGACUGCCAGCAUGUGUGGGCGGGCGUGUGAGCUUUGCCAUGGAUGGUGGGGUACCUGGGACUUGUGCCGGGUUGUCCCCGAGGUUGCGCUCCCGCUGCCUGUGCUUGCACCUGAAGCAGCAGCAGUCAGCGGUCAGCAGCCCCAGCCAGAGUUCAUGGUACCGUUGCAGGUAUUGUCUUGUUGUUUCUUCCUGUUGCAAGGCUGCUGCUGCUGCUGCUUCUGCUGCUGAAACAUUGUUUCGUUGGGCAGGCCUUCUCUUCCCCAGACGCACCCAAGACCCGUCGCCCCCACCGCCUCUCUCUCCCCCAGCUAGCCAGGCGGCCAGACAGGCGGCCAGCCAGACAGGCGGCCAGUCAGAUAGCC